AGAUAUUUCUCUUGACAUUUUGUUUCGAUUUCAAUAUAUUGCUCUUCUUCUCUUUAUCUAACAUCAAGUCACUACUCUCUGAUCUAAUCUGUAUUGAAAUCCCACUAAAUUUACUGUUUCCAUCCCCGGAAUUACCAGAUUUUUCUCUUCCUAUUUCACUUGGUGAAGAAUCCAAAGGUUACUGCCUUUUUUUUUCUCAUCAUUCUGUCACAAUUUUAGCAUCUCUGCUUGUUUCAUUCUUGAUUUCAGUUCAGUCCUUUAAAUCUGUUGAUUUAGUAGCAAUCUGGCUAUCCAAAACCCAAAGCUUACUAACUCUGAAAACCCAAAAGCAAAACAAUGGCUUCUAUUAGAUUAGAUGCAUCGAAGCAACACUAUGCAACAAGCAGUCUUGUAGUGGGCUAUGCUCUGUGUUCGAGCUUGUUAGCAGUGAUAAACAAGUUUGCCAUCACCAAAUUCAACUAUCCUGGUCUUCUCACUGCACUACAGUACCUGACUUCAGCUCUAGGGGUUUGGGUUUUGGGUAAAUUAGGGUGUUUACACCAUGAUCCUUUCACAUUUGAAACCGCCAAGAAAUUCAUGCCUGCUGCCUUUGUUUUUUACCUGGCAAUCUUCACAAACACAAAUAUUUUGCGUCACGCCAAUGUGGAUACGUUUAUAGUAUUUAGAUCAUUGACACCUUUGUUGGUUGCCAUUGCUGAUACUACUUUUAGAAAGCAACCCUGUCCGUCCAAGUUUACUUUUUUGUCAUUGUUGAUUAUUUUGGGUGGGGCUAUUGGUUAUGUUGCUACUGAUUCGGGGUUUACAUUGACUGCAUAUUCUUGGGCAUUUGCUUAUUUGGUGACAAUUACGACUGAGAUGGUUUAUAUCAAGCAUAUGGUGACCAAUCUUGGAUUGAAUACUUGGGGUUUUGUCUAUUACAACAAUUUGUUGUCGUUGAUGGUGGCUCCGUUGUUCUGGAUUAUUACGGGGGAAUAUGCUGAUGUGUUUAUUGCUAUGAGAUCAGAUUCUGGGAAGUUGUUUAACCUUGUUGUGUUCAUGGCAGUGUCAUUGUCUUGUGUGUUUGGGCUGCUUAUAAGUUUCUUUGGGUUUGCGGCGAGGAAAGCAAUAUCUGCCACUGCAUUUACGGUGACUGGUGUGGUUAAUAAAUUUCUGACCGUGUCAAUCAAUGUGUUGAUUUGGGAUAAGCAUGCUAGUCCCUUUGGUUUGGUUUGUCUUCUCCUAACCAUUGCGGGAGGUGUUCUUUAUCAGCAGUCUGUUACAGGAGGUGGCAAUCCCUCUCCACAGCGUGACACAGUGGCUAAGCAGUUGGACAGUAAAAAUGAUGCUAAUUACUAUGCAGAUGAGGAUGAAGAAAAGAGCAUAUCUGGUAAAAUUUCUGUUGUAUGAGCAUUUUUACUUGCUUUGGCCUUGCGAAGAGGGGGUACUUAUUUGAAGUUUUAUGUCUAAUUGUUAGUGGCUUGUAUAUCUUUCUUGUAUCAAAUCAUUGGAAUAUUUUGCUUUCCAGAAUUUUGAUUUGAAUGUUCUCUUUGGUUGACCUUUUUUCACAAUUG